AUGAGUCAAGGAAUUGUUCCGAAUUUCGAAUAUAUUGGUGCUCAUAUCAAAGAAUAUAUUGAACAAGGCAUUCUCUUUGAUACAUUCGAGGUAGAAGACAUUAAAGCGAUUAUGAAAUAUGCGAAUUUAACUCCAAAUGACUUUGAUUCUCUUCUUCAACAGUCAUCCAUUGCUACAACAGCAAAUAAAAUAUAUUAUUGCACUCGACAAACGAACAUUUCAAUAAAAAAUUUUCAAGAUGCAAUUUCAACACUAAAUUCUAUCCAAAAAUACAUGAAAAUGGAAAUAUUAGAUAACAUUAUUGACACAUUAAAUCAAACAGGAAGAAUGUUGUCAGAUUCAGCGAAUAAAUUGGAAAAACAACAAUCCGAGUUAAGUCAACUUCAAAACGAAAAAGGAAACAUCGAGAAAGAGAAUCGAUCUCUUAGAUCUCAAUUGAGAGAAAAAGACGACAUCGAGAAAGAGAAUCGAUCUCUAAGAUCUCAACUGAGAGAAAAAGACGACAUCGAGGAAGAAAAUCGAUCUCUUCGAUCUCAAUUGAGAGAAAAAGACGACAUCGAGAAAGAAAAUCAAUCUCUUCGAUCUCAACUGAGAGAAAAAGAAAAUGUCGAGAAAGAUAAUCGAUCUCUUAGAUCUCAACUCAAAGAAAAAGAAAGUAAUGAUUUACCAAAAGAAUUUCUUGAUAAAGUUGCCCAACUUAAAAAUUCUGGAAGCCUUUCGGAAGUCUACGAUUUCCUUGAUGAAAUUUCACAAAAUGGAAAUCAAAAAAUGAUGUUCAAAGCAUGCGAAGAAGGACUUUAUGAAGUGAAAGGUAAAUAUGGUCAAAAUGUACUUCAUAAUGCAGCAGCAUGCGGAAAUCUGAGACUUGUUAAAUCUCUCGUUAGAGCUCGAUGUUACAUAGAUGUAUUGGAUAAAGAUGGAUGGACUCCACUCAUGUGGGCAUCAAAUAAAGGUCAGCUUGAAGUUGUUCAUUAUCUUGAAUUUGCUGGAGCUUUUAGAGAAAUAAGGGAUAAAGAUGGAAGACAGUUAAAAGAUGUCGCAACAAAAGAAGUAUGCGAUAAAAUAUAUUGCAAAACAUAUGAUGGUCAAUAUGGUGAAUUACGAAUUUUGUUGCGUUGA